CUAACUUUUACGAAAUAUGAGGGGUGAAAAAAACUCCUAUAAGCGUGUUCUUAAUAUGCCAAGGGUUGCUGGAGUUCAAACUUUCCUGGUUCAAAAAGAAGAUAGAAGAUAAAAGACGGAAAAACGGUGCCCUUGAGGUAAGAGAUCGGGAAAGUGAAAUUCGAUUGCAGAAGGAAAGAAUGUCAGAUCCGUACGAGAAAGUGAAGGCCGGCCGCUUGAGCUUCAAGGACGGAAGUCUCGCCACUCGCAAAUCCAUCGACAAGAAGAAAAAGAAGAAGAAGCACAAGAAAGACGACGAAUCUCAGCCGUCCACUGUCAUCGACGGUUCCGAUAACACAACCGACGAAGCCGGUCAGAUAUACACCAUCGACGCCGCCAAAAACAUGAAGUACGACGAGCUCUUCCCCGUCGAGACCAAAAAGUUCGGUUACGAUCCUAAAUCCAACGUUAAAACCGUCGGAGACGCGCUCGAUGAUCGCGUCAAGAAGAAGGCUGAUCGUUACUGUAAAUGAAACAAACUAAACGAAACUCUCUGUAUGUUCUAAAACUACACCGUUUUCGUGUUUUAAGCGUUUAAUUGGUGAAUUGUGGUUUAUGCUUGCUUGCGAGCUAGAAAGAAGUGAAACAAAACUAUAUUUGAGAA